AUGUAUCUUCACGCCACCGUCUUCAUCAGCGUAUUAGGCCUCCUGAGCCUUAUCUGCGCCCCUCAAAGCGGUCUUGUCACUGUAAGAAGCCACGGCGUCGCGGCGUGCGAUUUAUGCGAGCCAGGAGCACAUAUUGCUAACCCAGCUACCCCAGGGCCGGUCGCUACCAUAUGGCACGACUGCUGCGGCCCUAUGGGUCCCCGAUACUCUUUCAGUCGGAACGAAAUCGAAUGGCGCCAGAAACCCAAAGUCGAGGCAGGCAUACAGGAGUAUUACCAGGAGAUCCAAAAGUACGAGGCAGGCAAGACGAACGGGGCGUGGAAAACCAACGCCCAUUAUUUCGGCACGGUCCUGGCCAAGGUACCAAAGGACGAGGACUGCCUCGAGAACGAAGGCAACGCCUACAAGGAUAAGAGCGUCAUUGGUUUCCUCCUGGAGCUUCUCGACGGCCGGAAGGCGACCAAGGACGACCAGGACAAUUGCAAGAAUACUCUGUGGGCCUUGCAUGGGGUGGGGUUUCUCUCGGGCGAUGUGCACAAGGACCAGUUCUUCACCAGGCGUGGGGAUUGCUUGAUGUUCGAUUUCGAGGCCGCCGAGGAAACUGCCGACUACGACGCGUUUGAGAAGGAGCUGAGGGAGUUCGAUAGCCCCCGAGCUUAG